AUGACCACAACAGACUUUAUUGUUAAUGAUGAUGAUCCCAUUUCAUCAACCAGCAACCACAACAAUGCUAUCAUAACAGUUCCGUUAAAACAAUUAAGUGAUUCAGCUCGAAUGUCGCCAGACGAAUAUGGACAAAUAUGUGCGAAUACUUUACAGGAGAAUGAUGAUUACGACAAUUAUUUAUUUGAAAAAAUCAAUAUUAAACAAAAUAAAUUAGGUUUAUAUUUAAUUAAUAUGAGACAAAAAAUUUAUAAUGAAUUUUAUAAACCACAAGAGAAAAUAUUUCGUUUGCUGUUAAAAUUUACUACCUUAUGUUUAUUUAUUAUUUAUUUGGGCUUUGCUAUGAGUCCACGAUAUGGACGAUUUAGAGAUCCGGUUUUUCAACGACCCGAUUUUCAAGCUGGAAAACUUUUCGAAACAAAAAAUGUUUUUGAUCCAGCCAUAUGA